ACAUAGGAAGCUGUGUUCCCUCAGUAACCCCCAACACUUCUGAUGCUCGUGCACUUCCGGAACUUUCGUAAUGCCUUUUCAGUGCGGAGCGCGUGCAGGGAGCCUCGGCACCGGCCCUCCUCUUUCAGAGAGAAACUGAUGAAUGAGUGAGGCGGCAGACCCUGCCCAGCAUCUCAUUACCACUCCCGAAAUAAAGCUUUGUACCUGGAGGAACUGAGCGCAGACCCGGGGACGGAAGAUAUCAACCAUCAAUCUUAAAGCAAUCUCAGGACCCGUCACUUAUCGUCCGGUGAUGAUAUAGCGCCUUGAAGUGACUGCCAAUUGACAGAGUGCCGAUGUUCCCAAGCAACUAAUUACCAAGUUGAUGAAACAGAAAUUUAGAUAUUGCCAAGCUGACUAAACUGAAGGUGUAGUUUGGCCAUGCAGAGGUAGCAGCAUCCUGCAUGACAGGAUGUCUGAUGAAGAGGAGGUUUGUCUGACUAGGAGGAAGGAGUCAGAGAUUUACUACAUCUCUGAUGAUGACGAUGAAGACGACAACUAUGGAGAUGAUGAAGGCGAGGGGAUACCUGACCAGUCCCACAGCGCCCCCUUCAGCUCCGAGAAUGAAGCUCAGGGAGGCGACUCGGCUGCAUGGCAGUGCACCCCUCCCCCAUCUACCUCACCUUCGGGGGAGACGCCAGCCCACCCUCCUCCCUCCCAGGCCGCAUCCAGACCCCGAUCCAGGCCGGCCAGCCAUAGCCCCUCCCCUCCCUCCACCCUGACAGGAACCAAGAAGAGGAGCUCCAAACCAGCACACAUGAGGCGCAACAUCAGGAAGUUACUGAGGGAGCAUCAGUUGGAGGCAGUGACCAAAGCCGCCCAGCAGGAUGAGUUAGAGAGGAGACGACGGCUGGAGCUGAAGCGAAAGCAGGAUUUCCCCUUACCACUGCUGCCUGAAUACACAAGUGAUAACGUGACAGAGCACGUGACCUCAGCAUCAGCAUCAUCACAGCAACAAGUGAAGUCAGUCCAGCAGGAAGUGAUCAGCUCAGACUGCAGCAGCACUGCAAGCAUCGAGGACGACACCAAAACCGAUGUACCCACAUCAGCUACCACUCAGCACUCACUCAAAACAGAUGUGAUCGAUCUGAGCUCAGGCGAAGACGAAGCUGUCGUCCACAUCAGCAGCGAGUCCACCAACGAGGAGGAGAGCGAGCCAAGCGGUGCGCACACCAACGACACCUUAAACCAGCCGGACAGCGAGGGCAGGGUGCUGGUCAACCUGAACCACCCGUCUACGGAGGAGGACAUUUUCCUGUCGUCUCAGCUGGCACGAUCCGUCAAGCCUCACCAGAUCGGUGGAAUCCGCUUCCUGUACGACAACCUGGUGGAGUCGGUGGAGCGCUUCAGUGGCAGCAGCGGGUUCGGCUGCAUCCUCGCUCACAGCAUGGGCUUGGGGAAAACGCUGCAGGUCAUCUCCUUCAUCGACAUCCUUUUCAAACACACCAAGGCCCACACCGUGCUCGCCAUCGUACCUGUGAACACUUUGCAGAACUGGCUGUCAGAGUUCAACACAUGGAUCCCUCCCUCAGAGGCGUUACCUCCAGAUGCUGACCCCAAACUGGUGACGCCCCGGGCCUUUAAGGUCCACAUCCUCAACGACGAACACAAGAACACAACGACCAGAGCCAAGGUGGUGGAGGACUGGGCGAGGGACGGAGGAGUUCUGCUGAUGGGCUACGAGAUGUACCGUCUGCUGUCCAUGAAGAAGAGCUUCGUAGCUGGAAGGAAGAGAAAGAGCAAGAAAGCAGCCGGACCUGUGGUCAUCGACCUGGAUGAAGAGGACCGGCAGCAGGAGUUACUCAAAGGUAUCGAGAGAGCCUUGGCCCGGCCCGGCCCUGACGUGGUGAUCUGUGAUGAAGGCCAUCGCAUCAAGAACUGCCACGCCAGCACAUCGCAGGCCCUGAAGAACAUCCGGACCCGACGCAGGGUGGUCCUGACCGGAUAUCCGCUCCAGAACAACCUAAUCGAGUACUGGUGCAUGGUGGACUUUGUGCGACCCGACUUCCUAGGUACACGGCAGGAGUUCAGUAACAUGUUCGAGCGUCCCAUUCUGAACGGGCAGUGUGUGGACAGCACGCCUCAGGACGUCCAGCUGAUGAGGUACAGGAGCCACGUCCUGCACAGCCUGCUGGAGGGUUUCGUUCAGAGACGAGGUCACGACGUCCUGAGGGACCAGCUGCCCUCCAAAGAGGAGCAUGUGAUCCUGGUGCGUCUGUCCCCCCUGCAGAGGGCGCUCUACACUGAGUUCAUGAACCGCUUCAGGGAGGCAGGAAACACGGGCUGGCUCAGUCUGAACCCGCUGAAGGCUUUCUGCGUCUGCUGCAAGAUCUGGAACCAUCCAGACGUGCUGUAUGAGGCCAUACAGAAGGAAAACCUGGCGAGUGACCAGGACUUGGACCUCGAUGACAUCGCUUCCACAGGUUCUGCCCGGUGUCCAACAGCACCCAAUCAAAAGUCCAAGCCCAUAGAGAACCCCAACCCCAUCGGAGGACUGAGUCUCAACCAGCUGCAGGAGAAAGCCAACCAGGUCAUCACUUAUGAAUGGGCAAAGGAGAUCAUGUAUGACUACGAGCCCGGCCUCCUGGAGAACUCUGCAAAGAUGGUGCUUCUGUUCCACCUGAUCGAGGAGAGCGUCAGGAACGGAGAUAAGAUCCUCGUCUUCAGUCAGAGUUUGUCCACACUGACAGUGAUCGAGGAGUUUUUGGCUAAAAGACCGGUGCCUCCAUCACCCAACAUGUCCAGCAGGGACAGACCCAACCAGAACUGGGUCCGCAACCUUAACUACUACAGACUGGAUGGAAGCACGACAGCUUCAGAGAGAGAGAGGCUCAUAAACCAGUUCAACGACCCAGCCAACACCUCCGCCUGGGUUUUCCUGCUGUCCACAAGGGCGGGCUGUCUUGGUGUAAACCUGAUCGGUGCAAACCGUGUGGUGGUGUUCGACGCCUCCUGGAACCCGUGCCACGAUGCCCAGGCCGUGUGCCGCGUCUACCGCUACGGUCAGAGGAAGCCCUGUCACAUCUACCGGCUGGUGUGCGACUUCACGCUGGAGAAGAAAAUCUAUGACCGCCAGAUUUCCAAGCAGGGCAUGUCAGACCGGGUGGUGGAUGACUUAAACCCCGUGCUGACUUUCACCAGGAGGGAAGUGGAGUCUCUUCUUCACUUUGUAGAGGAGGAGCCCGCCCCCUCCCAGGUCCAGCUGAAGUCCCGAGAUAGCAUCGAGAGCGUCCUGAGGAAGGCGCUGCACAACUUUCCUCAUCUGAUAACAAAGCAACCAUUCCCUCACGAGUCCCUGCUGAUGGACCGCAAGGAGCUGAAGCUGAGCAAGUCUGAGAAGAAAGCAGCAAAGAAAGGGUACGAGCUGGAGAAGAGGGCUUCUGUGCCGUACACUCGUCCGUCCUACGCUCACUACUAUCCUGCAAGUGACCAGAGCCUCACCAACAUCCCCGCCUUCAGUCAGAGGAACUGGCGUCCACCUGCUCGUACUGAAGAGAAGCCAGGGGCCAGUUUAAGGCCAGUCCAGUCAACUCCAGUUCCCAUGAUGCCCCGACAGGCGACUACAGGCUCUGCACCAGAGGAUGACUCACCGGGAUCCAACCUCGGGGGUUUCCCGCUCAGCUGCCUGCAGAAAGCUGGAGUGUUUGUGCAGAAGAUCGUCACCACCACCGACAUAGUGAUUCCAGGCACAAACAGCUCUACAGAUGUGCAGGCCAGGAUCCCUGCUGGAGAGAGUAUCCACAUCAUCAGAGGCACAAAAGGGACUUACAUCAGGACAUCCGAUGGUCGAAUCUUUGCGAUCAGAGCUGCUAACAAGGCCAAGAUUGUAGAGGAUGGUACCUCUGCUGCACUCAAAGACUCCAUGGCCCAACCAGAGGAAAUGUCGACCAACGGAAGUAACGGCUGCCUGUCACCUGACAGGAAGCAGCAGGGCAGCUCCCCGACUCUGCCCCGCUCUAUAUCCCCCGACAGUCCGGAGAUCAUCAGCGAGCUGCAGCGCUACACAGCCGGAGCAAAAGCAGAGGGGGCAGCAGAGAAGAGCCUCACUUCCACCAAACUGGCUCAGACUAACUGCAGCGGCGGCAAUGUCAUCCAACCAAAAAUGGACGCCAUGGCAGCCCAAGACCUGAGAACAAGCACCAAGCGCAAAGCCUCCACCCCGUCCCUGGAGGAGCGUCCCAGCAAGCAGCACCCGACAGGCAAACACUCCUCAGCUCCUCCACAGGUCUUCCCCUUCACCGGGGGGUACGGCCUUCCCCCUCUGGGCCUCAACCCUGCCAUGCUGGGCGGCUCUCUGGGGCAUCCACUCUUCAUGGGGGCAGGCUCGCCUUACUUCCAGCCCCCCAGCAGUCAGUUGAGUGACCCCAGCAGCAUGUACCCGGAUCUGUUUGGCUUUGGCGCAGCCGGUGCAGUCCCCACUUCCUCUUCCUACUCUUCCUCCCCAACUACAAGCUCGACUACUGCCGCCGCCUCUUCCUCAUCACUGUCAUCCUCCGCUUCAAUCAAAGCUGCCACUUCAGUUCCAGGAGCGCUGCCGCCGUUCAUGCUGAGUCCCAGCAUGGCGGGCAUGGCCGGGAUGCUCCCCCCAGGAUUCCCUCUCUCUUACAAUCAGUCUCUGGCGAGUCUCUACACAGGGUCCAUGCUCCCAGGCGGGCUGCCGGGUCCAGCUGCCACUCCUGGUCCAGCGGGGGCCAGCUUCCUCUCCCAGUUUCCUCCGACGACCGCUUCCUGCUCCUCCUCUUCAUCCCCGUCCUCCUUCUCCCCCACAGCACAGUCGGAGUGCACUCGGGGCCCUGUGCUGAUGAACGGCAGGAACAUCAGCAGCCCCAGCAGCUCCGAUGACGACGAUGAUGUCAUCGACGUCAGCGGACAGUGACCGAUGAUGUCUGCGAUUGUUUGAGCAAGCUUGAUUUGAUGUAAUAAUCAUCUUGAUAGGACGACGUCCUACUUGCCAGGAUGCAGGCUCCAGAGGGCCUGUGGCUGAGAAGGUGAGGGGAAGGACUAAGAAUGAAAGAGAUCUGAAGUGACGACAACUGAGCCCAUGCUAACGUGUUUCCCUCUGCCUUGGAGAAACAGCCUGAGAGGAGAUUUAUAAAAGAGCGAAGCCGUUAUGCUGAUUAUGAGAAGAUGAAUCCUGAGACAGAAAACUCCAGAGAGAAGAAGACAAAUCUGAGGACUUUGGGCUUCCACGUUUUUGUCCAAUACUAGCAUUGAAAUCCUAAUCACUGGACUUGGUACUGCUGAGAGUGGGCCUGCAGUGACCACAAACGGCCACUAGUUGUACUGUUGACUUUAGAGAUUCUAGUUCUGCAGCUUUGCUAGAUGUUGAGACGCUUUAUUUUCUGCUAAUUAAAGAGACGACCUUAGGGGAGGACUGCUUAAAAAAGGUUUCAUGAUUAAGAUAGCUGGUAGUAACAUUUGUUAAAUAUCAGUAACUGAAAUGGUAUUGUUUGUCACUUGUGGAAUAUUGCUACUGAAUUCUUCUUUAAAUGGUAAAAGAAAUUGUAAAACAGAUCCUGGGAAGAGGAAAGAUAUGAGGAGAGCAUUUCUGUUAGCUCAAUAAUUCACUGCCACAGCAGAGGUGUGAAGAAAAUCAAAGAACAGGAUCAUCUGGAAUUAUUGAAGAGGAGGUCGCGGUGGAGGACGGGGUUCAAGACGAUUACUGAAACCUUAAAACUCUCAUAACAGAAUGUACGCUUAAUCAAAUGCCUUCAAACCAGGCCUUUUCAAAUGACUCCUUCUGUUAAGGCAUCAGAUGUGGGAAGAUCUGAUUUUCUGUAUCUGUGUGUGUGUGUGUGCGUGUCUUUUAUAUUUAUGUAUUCUCUUUUACUUUUUAAAGAAAAAUCAUUGCCUAAAAGACAGCCAGGUGAAAAUGAGAAAAAAAAAACUGUGGUGGAGGUUUCCUCCUCGUAGCGGAGAAAACAACCAACAGAAAAUGCCUUUUUGCCUCCAUCUUUCUGAAUGUGAACUGUGAGAGAGGAAAGGUAAAGAGAGACAGGCGCUCACCACAGCGGCUCUCUGAAUCUCACCCACAGUCUUACUGUAGCCUCGCGAAAAACGAUGCAAAACACUCACUCAAGCCUAUAUACGUGUUUGUAAAACCCCCCCAGAAGAAUGAAGCUCGCAACUCCUCGUGGUGGUUACGCUUGUGUCGUUACUGUGGUCGUAUCUGUGUGUCGUGUUCUUUAGGGUUACAAAUGGAAUCACUUAUAAAAAAAGAAAUGAUUGCUUUAUCCAGUUUGGAAACUUGUUCUGAAACGACUGAUUCCACCUCUACGUCUGUACUAUUCUUCUUUCACAUGUGGUUUUGUAAACAGAGGUCAUUGUGAAACCAAACUGGCUUUUAUUUUGGAGAGACGGUGUAGCUUUGCCAAAAAACAAGAAACGCAGAAGCACAUCAAAACCUCCAUCGUAGAGGAUUGUGUCUCAAGAGACCAAAUAAUGUUGAUGAUGAUGUAGACGAGGAUUUAAAUCCACCACAGACACAAACACUCUGAACAGUCAACGAGAACAUAUCCAUCCCUCUGUGACGACCUUACAGGUAACACUGUACACUGUACUGCACUGUCUAUAAGAGACACCAAUCUGUAUCUGUCUGUCCACCGGAUAGAAGAUGGGGACGCUUCAUCAUGUGACCAAGUUCCCUUUAGAUCACAAACCAUAGCUCUGCUGUCCAAUCACACCCAUCGGAUCACUCUGCUCAUUCUGCUCACUCUGGUCCUCCAGUAGAACAUCUUCUCCUCCUAAACGGCUUCAGAGAGCUUUAAAAAGUCCCAGCUCUUCAAAGAGAGAAGACUGAGCAUUUCCUGUUCUUUCACUUCCAUUUGUUUGUUAGUUUACUUAUGUUUCAUUUUUUGUUCUCUUUUUACAAUGUUUGAAUUUACCAAAUUAAUUUAUUUAUGACGGUGCAUAUUUAUUCAUUUGUAUUUUUAUUUUUGUACAAUGUUCUCUUUUUUUUUGUUUCCUUUUGUUGCUUUUCUUGAUCUUGUUUGUACGUUUUUUUUUAUGGUCAUAUUACUGUCGUUGUUACUUCGGAUCGUAACAUUUUCUGUUUGAUACUUCGUUUUGAUCUGCCGGUCUGACCCGGGCACGUGAACUUGUGCAGAAGUUGCAUGUGGACCAAGUAAAUAGUUACUGUGCAAACAACAACAAAAAAAAGCUUAUUUAAGAGGUAAAUAUUUGAACCCCAGUUACCACAGCUCUGAUUGGCACCUGAUUUUAACAAACCCAGAAGAAGAGCAUCUGAGACCCAAUAAUUAAAUCACAGUAAAUAUCAUAACACAAUGAUCUGACUGUGAUUCAGAGCUGGGGUUAAAAACUCCUCCACCAUCCUGACGUUCUUCACAGAAUAAUCUUCCAGACGACAUGAGCCAUUCUUUGCAUGUAAAUAAUGCUAAUUCACAAGCAUUGGGUCAGAAACUGAAGCAGUCCAAUCAUACUUUAGUUAAGACCAUGAUUCAUGAUUUAAGUGCUUCUAUUUCCUUUUUUUUAUUUUUCUUCAUUUAUUACCAUAUCAUCAGAAAAUGUCUAUCUGUGUCAUCCCCAUGACAGCAAGCGAGUUCCUCAGCGUUGAACUGUUUGUUCGUCAGCUCGGACUCUGCCACGCUGACCCACUCAUAUGUUUCACAGCUUUCUACUUGAAUUUACAUAUUUAUUUAUGAAAAAUCGAUGAGGUCGGCGAGAUGAAGCGACCGUCUCCUGUUCCAUUUUAGCCGAGGAGAAGAUUAAAGCUGCUGUCUUUGAGGAUUGGCUCUGUUCUAAGCCUGUUGUGUAGUUCAUGGAUGGAUAAAUGUAUGACCUUGGAUUACUUUUAGAUCCUUUCUUUGUUCGUUUUUUGAAGUUUGUAAAUAAAAAGAAACAUGUUCUAAAUAAUA